CUUUGACACGCCCAUGUUGCGUCACUCUACGCCGUCGCGUCGCUUUCACGUAAGGCAGGCGCUCCGGUUUCCUGGCGGAGAAGAUGGCGGCUCCUGGACCGGGGGAGUAUUUUAGCGUCGGGAGCCAUGUCUCUUGCAUCACCUGCUUGGGCCAACGUCUGCAAGGAGAAGUGGUCGCGUUUGAUUACCAGUCCAAGAUGUUGACUUUGAAAGAAUGUGCUUCCUCCAGCGGUAAGCCGAACCUCAACGACGUCAUCCUGAUCAAUUUAGCCUAUGUUUCUGAUGUGGACAUAAUAAAUGACCGCACUGAGACGCCACCUCCUCUAGCAUCACUGAAUGUUAGCAAGCUUGCCAAUCGAGCACGGACAGAAAAGGAGGACAAGCUGUCCCAAGCCUAUGCAAUCAGUGCUGGGGUUUCUGUGGAGGGCCAACAGCUAUUCCAGACCAUACACAAAACCAUCAAAGACUGUAAAUGGCAGGAGAAGAACAUUAUUGUGAUGGACGACGUCGUAAUCUCACCGCCUUACCAGGUCGACAACUGCAAAGGCAAAGAGGGAAGCGCUUUAAGUCAUGUACGCAAAAUAGUCGAGAAACAUUUUAGAGACUUGGAAAGUCAGAAGUCCAUGCAACGUUCACAAGCACAGCAAACACAGAAGGACUCCACUUUAUCUUCUUGAGUUGGCAGUGUGGGCCACAUGGGAAAGGUGACACAGUUGGUUUUGUCCCCACUGCCAGACGAAGUCGGUAUUCCUUGUCCUCAGUCUGAGACCACAAGGAGAAGCGCCGAGUUCCCUGGAUCCAGAAGAUCAAAAAAAUUAUGAAAAAGACAAAAAAGAGAGAGGAAAGAUUAAAUCUUAAAUUAGACUUUAUAAAAAAUAAUUUAAACAUGAACCAUAAAGCAACCAUAGUUUUCCUUAACUAACUUCGUCUCAUUCUGACCCUCCAUUACCUCCCACCCACCCUGACGCCUUUUGUUUCUUCCAACUUUUCUUCCUUUUGCCUUCAGUUCUAUUUCAAAACAAGAAAACUAGUGCAGUCAGAAAGGCUUGUUAGCUUUAUUUUCUGUCAUUGUUUCCUUUGUUUGUUUGUUUUUUUGGUUUUUUUUUUUUUUUGCUGUUAUGUUCUGUUGUCUGUAUUUUCUGUAUUUUAAACAAAAUGUGACUUGAAAUGCCACACUUUAAAGGACAUUUUCUAAAAUAAAAGUAACAAAAAUUCUGACUGUAAUACUGUAAUUUUAACGCGUUUUUGACGUUUUCAUAAGGACGAGCACUCAUCUCCGAUGUGUGAGGGAUGUUUAUAAAACAUAAAUACACUAGAACAUUGUUUCCCAAAGACUGAGUCGUAACCCUCAGGUGGGUCGCAAGAGUUUUGUUUUUUUGUUUUUUGUUUUAUUGGUCUUUUUGCAUCAUGUUUCCCAGGAAUUUGCGAAUAAUUUCUAUUAGUUUGCGAAUAAUUUCUAUUGACUUGGAUCGCGAAAGUUUGUGACUUUUAAAAUGUGUCCCCAGAAAAAAUGUUUAGGAAACACUACAAGACUAGAAUAGAGAAAAUAAAGCAAUGUAGCUAUA